AUGUUGCGGCCAUUGCGGCAGCUGCGGCCUUUACAGUCCAGACUUGGGGCAGGCUUUUGUCGCAGACCCGAUCAUUGGGAUGAGGAUGCCGAUUGCUUGCGUCGUAAAGAGCAGCCCCACACCAUCGAGUUGGGUGGAUGGGUUCGUGCUGUGCUUGGCAAACCGCUGCAACGCAGCGAAGCAGAGCAGGCUCGGCAGACCUUUUGGCUGACCAGAGAGCAGCGCUGUCAGGGCCACAACACUUUGCCAGAUGAUUCAUGGUGCUCGCUACUGCACAGUAUUCGUUCGCGCACAGCUCCUCUGAAGGCCUCUGUCUUUUUCCUCUUCUACUGCUCGUCUGUGACGUUGGCAUUUGAGAAGCUCAGGAACUUUUCUACUGCAGGGCAGCCUCUUGUGGUCGAUGAGGUCACUCAAGUGGUGCAAUAUUUGAUGGCAAGUCACGAUGUCAUGCAAAACUGCACAGGCUUCAUUGCUACAGCUCUUUUCAUGACUUUGUCUUUCCGUAUGAAUAGAGCAGCUUCGCGCUGGUGGCAUGGAAGAGAAAUGUGUGCGCAACUGCUGUCCCAUGCGCGAAAUUUCAAUCACGUCACCUGUCUCUCUGUCACUGACAAGGCGCUAGCUGUUGAGCUCAGCAUGUUGGGCUAUGCCUUUGUGCGUGCAGCCGAGUUCCAUAUGCGGCUGGAUCCUGAUUCACGCUAUUUGGAGGCUUUCAGCGCUCUGCUGCCAGAAAAGGUGUUGCAGGAGUUGCUUGCAGCACCUCACCGACCUCAUUUCUUGGCGCAUCACAUCAAUAAGCGUAUUGCUGAUGCGUACGAUGUUGGUUCAACGAAAAAUGUUCGUUUGGUUGUUGCUAUGCAGAGUCUAAUCAACAGCCUGGUCCAGACUAUGGAAGGCAUAGAAUGCAUUCGCAGCACACCUGAGCCAUGGAGCUACCAGAAGCACAACGCGUUGCUCAUCAAACUGUGGUUGAGCAUUCUUCCGGUGGCGUUGGUACCUACUCUUCAUUUUGCAACACCAAUUCUAGGCAGCUCCAUCGGCUACGUAGUGUACAAGCUGGAGGAUGUUGCUGUGGAGAUUUGCAAUCCUUUUGGAGUUGACAAAAGUGACAUCAGCGUAUGCGUCAUGAUUGAUAGGUUCCAGCUCGAGCUCUUGGCAGGGCUUCUAGCGGAAGUGCAGCGCUGA